AUAAGAUAACAUUCUGCGCUUACAUUUAGAUGAAGAAGAAGAAUCGGAGUAACGCGGAGUGUGAAACGCGUUUAUAAUUGUAAAAUCAACAAAUAAAUUAUAAAAAAUUUGUUCCGGGCACUGUGCCCAAGUGCAGUUUUCGCUACACGAUAAAAUGUAAUGAUGAAAAGUGUUAGUUAUAGCUUAAAAUGUAGUUUUAAAUUUUGUCUUAUUAGCGUGUUGGUAAAGAUGAAAAACACAUAGGACGUGAAAGCAGGCAGCAAACGUUAAAACAACGUCGCGAUUCACAAUCACAAAACCUGCAAACCAAAUUACAGUGUGUGAGUAUCGAAAUUGUGAAUAUGUGAAAAAAAAAAUCCAAACAUACUAAAGUUAUAUGCAAAACAUAAUUUUGUUCCGAAAACCGCGAAUGUCACACGUUAAACUUAUACGACAACUUGCAAUUUAAACCCGUGUUGUGCAUAAUGAAGUUAUACUAAAAAUCUUAUACGCAAAUGGAAUAUACAACGAAACAUCGUUUAGUGAGUUAAAAUUGAUGCAGUUUCGUUGUGCUGGAUAACAACAAAAAGGACAAGAUCAAAUACCAAUAACAACGAGACGUCAACUACAACAACAAUAACAACGAGAAAGGACAAGAAGAGCAAAGCAUAGAGAAGGAGUGAGAGAGAUAGCAGAGGAAGGAAGAAGCUUAAAAAUAAUACGCACCGUUAUGUUUGUAAUGGCUAACAAUGUAAUGUGGCACAGUGUUGGAAAUCGUAUUUGCAAUUUGAAUGCGCGCCGCCCACAAUUAGCAGCCGCCAUUAGCGGUCAGGCAAACGCCAUCGGCAACGCCAACGAAGAAAGCAUUUCUGGUUAUGCAUUAGGCCCCCAAAGGUUUGGGGGCACCAUCACUAACAGAGGCAGUAGUAAACGCACUUGCAGCAGCAGCAGCAGCUUAACGCGGCAAAAGUCACAAUAUAUUAAACAAAAACAAGAAAAUCUAAAACAACAGCAGCGGCGGCAGAGGCAAAAGCUUCUUGUAAACGAGAUGUCUAGUGAAGUAGUGUUGUGAAAUGCCAAAAAAAAAAAAACAAAACGCAAAAGCAGCUACUAAAGAAGAGCAACAUAAACUUAGCACCAGUUAAAAGCAGACCCCCUCCCGCCUCCCCCUUGUAAAACAACAAUUUAGUUUCAAAGCGAUUCUAUGAUCGCCAAGUAAAAAUACACAUUUAAUUAUAUUAUUUUUGUGAGCAAUUAUAAUAAAUUGAUAAAUAAACAUGCCCAUGUCCACGCACGACACGGUCUUUGUGGAACCCGUCGUCACAAGCGGCAGCGCCAGCAGCAGCAACAGCAAUAACAACAGCAGCAGCAACAGAAUUGCCAUUGGUGGAUCACAGCAGCAGCAACUGCAGCAACAGCAGCCGCAUAUUGUUAUCGAUGGCAGCAGUUUAUCGACGCAGGCGCAACUGAAGCGGAUCAUGCAGCGACGUAUGUCGAUACAAGCGCAGCCGGCACAAAAGUACGCGGUGCGUACAACAGCAGCGCAACAACAGCAGCAGCAUCAACAACAAACGUCACAGCAACAGCAGCACGAAUUGUUGAAUCCACAAAUCUACAAGAUUGUAACCACCGAUGGCAGCACUAGCAAUGUCAUCAUUGAUGCCUCCUCAGCGGCGCCACCGCAUAACUCCAAGCUGUUGCUUAGUAAUCUCACGGUGCUCUCAAAACAGGCACCGCCAAUGUCCUCCCAGACACAGCAACAACAGCAGCAGCAGCUCAACUAUCUCAGCGCCAAGAAUUUGCCCUAUGUUACGGCAACGCCAACUAUUAAGCAGCAGCAACAGCAGCAAAAAUUUGGCAACAUCAGCGCCUAUAAAGCGGCAGGUGUAGGCGCCACACCAAAGCAACUACACGGUUAUGCUCAAGCCACUCAACAGGCGGCAACGGCGACUCCGCUAAUGCAAAAGGUGACGCUCGGAUCGCGUGUUGUCACACGACUGCAAUCGUAUGUGCCGCCGCAGCAGCAGCAACAGCAGGCGCCGCAGAUUAUUGUGCAGCCGGCGCAGCAGAAAUAUGUUAAUGCUGUUGCAAACCGACCGGCGAUAACGACGGCAGCAGGCGGAGCAGCUGCAGCGCUACUCAAGAAGACCAACCAAAAGAUAACGGUCAAGACUGUUGGUAACAUGCUGCAGCAGCAUCAGCAACAACAGCAACAACAACAACAGCAACAACAACAACAGCAGCAGCAGCAGCAACAACAACAACUCAAAGCUUUCAUCUCCUCACAACAGUCGACUCACAAAGCUGGCGUUAAAACGAAAUUUGUUAAGCAAUACAGUAGCGUUGGCAGCGCAGCAACUGCGCUGUCGAUUGCUGCCGUGCCGCAGCAACAGAAUGUAUACGCCAAGCAGCAGCAGCAGCAACAACUGACGCCCAGCAAGGUUGGCAAACUGCAAGCGGGCAGCACCAUAAACAACAACAACAAGUAUGUGGUGCAGCAGCAACCGUUGCAACAAUUGGCCGCCAAUUUGCCACAGGGUACACAGCUGCAACAAAAGACAACAGCAGCAACAGCCGGCGGCGGCGGUUACAUGCUGCAACAGUCAACGCCGGGUGCUAUCAAGUUUGUCAACUCACAUGGCACUAUCAUACAGCAGCAUCAGCCACAGAUUCAGGCUCAAACCAAACGCAUUCACUACAACAGCACCAGCAGCAGUGACAGUAGCAGCGAACUUCAACAACAACAGCAGCAGCAAUCUUCGCUUAUCACCGACGAUGUGAUGAUUGUAAAUGGAACGCAAAUGACGGAUGAGUUAUCGGCUCGUAUAUUGCAGAGCAUGGCCCAAAAGUCGUUUAGCCAGCAACAGCAGCGUUAUCAGCAACAGACAACACCAACAGUUGCAGCAGCAGCAGCAACAACAACCAACAUGCCGCCGCCACAGCCAACAGCAACAUCAACGCAAAUUGUAUAUGCCGGCAGCAACAGCAGCAUCAGCCACAACAACAAUUUAACGACAUCUACAUCGGGUAAUUUGUUGUUGACGCACUUUCAAGCAGCAGCAAUGUCACCCAGUUCAUCGACAACAACAUUAUCAUCAUCAUCGCCAUCGGUAAACUCGUCAUCGUCAUCAUAUCUAACUGUAAGCACCUCCAGUGCGCCCUCGGUGAGCAUAUCCUCACAUGGAUUUUCCAGCGGCAGCGCUGCAAUGUCCUCGUACAUGUCGGCAACAGCGGCACGUCGUCAAUCUGUGAGUGCGCCGAGCAGUCGAGCGGCGUCGCUGGAACGCAAGCAACAUCAACAGCACCUGCAACAUGAGGCAAUCGCAUCGGUGGCAGCGGCAGCAGCUGCAGCUGCUAAUCGGAAACCACCACCCAAUGUGGUCGAGUAUUAUAAGCACAGCCUUAACCACAGCAAUAGCACAAACAAUUUGAGCAGUCUGCGUGGCAACAAUACGAGCAGCAACAGCAACACGACGACAACAACGUUGACGACGCCGCAACUGACGCAAGUGCAUGUGGAUGCAACGACACUGAUGAUGAAACCGCAGCAGCAACAAUUACAACCGCAGCAGCAGCAGCAACAACAACAACAACAACAACAACAACCAGCGCAGCAUCAGCAACAGCCAUUGCAUCCACAUUCGCAGAUGACUGCAAAUGAGGAGGAGUUGUAUAUUGAAGAAGUGCGUCCAGUGCCUGUGCUAACGCAGGAUUUGCGACUGCAACAGCUGCAUGCCAUAAUGCAGGAUCACACAUAUGCCUCUCAGCAGCAGCAGCAGCAGCAACAACAACAGCAGCAGCAGACAACAUCAAUAACAACGGGCGGCGCACAACAACCCCAACAAUGGUCACUCGGUGGUAUCGGCGUUACAGUGGCAGCUGCAGCAACGACACCAGGCAGCAGCUACAGCAGCUACUAUGGACAACAAAUUGGACGCCAUGUACCGGAUGAUGAUGCUCACUCGGCUAUAAGCGGCAGCUCACGUUUGGCAAGCGCUGACAUUGAUCCCGGCGAGGAGACGGAAACGGCACCCGAAGCAGAGGCUGAGGACGAUUCGGUGACACGCUGCAUUUGUGAAUUAACCCACGACGAUGGUUACAUGAUAUGCUGUGACAAAUGCUCCGCCUGGCAACAUGUGGACUGCAUGGGCAUCGACCGUCUCAACAUACCGGAAGAGUAUCAGUGUGAGCUGUGCCAGCCUCGAACUGUGGACAAGGCCAGAGCACGUGCCUUGCAGCGACAGAAGCGCAAGGAGCACAUGAUGCUGGUGGCCUCUCAAGCCGCCAAUGGUGCAGCCGUUGCAGCAGCAGCUGCCGCCGCGUCAGCAGCCGCAGCAGGUGGAAAUGGAAUGGGUGUGGCAGCUGCUGGAGGAAUGCAAGGAGGAACGCUCUACACUAGCCAAGAUCUCCAGCAGCAGCAGCAGCAGCAGCAACAACAACAGCAACAACGUCUGGGCUCUGGACUCAAUGGUGGUUAUGCAACAGGAGCAGCUGCUGGCGGUUUGGCCAAGAAAUCAAAGAAAACCAAAGAUGGAGCCGCUGCAACGUUAAAGAAGAGUAAAAAGAGCGGCGACAAGUUGUCAGCAGCAAGUGGUGGUGGUUCUGCUGCUGCCGGCGGUGCUGGUGGUGUUGGUGGUGGCUCAGGCAGCGCCAAGGCGACAAAGAAAAGCAGCAAACGGAAGAGUAAAUCGAGUGGCGAUGGCAAUGGUGGCAACAGUCCCGCCCUCACUGCCGCCGAAAAGCAUGCAGCGAAUUUGCGCCAAUGGAUCGAGCAUUAUGAAUACGCUGUAACAAAUCAUUAUUCGCCGGAGUUGCGAGCGCGUCUCCAUGCCAUACAAAAGCAGCCUAGUUUGCUGCAGAGCAUCCAGAAUACAGAGAACAAGGCGUUGCGUUUAAUUGCUGGCGGCUGUGCCAGUGAACUGGAGAAGCGUGCCCAAUUAAUACCGUAUGCGGGCGCCAAGGUGCUCAUCAGCAGCAUCGAUCUGGCGCCACAUGCCCCCAUCCAUGAGCUGAGGGGCAAGUAUAUGCUGACAACGCAGUUUCGUACACAGAAUCCCACCGUUAACAUGAAUACGCCGCCGCCCAGUAAUUAUUUGAACAGCUUCAAGGUCCACAAGACGCCUGGACAGUUUGUCUUCUUUUACCAGCUGCCGGGCGUGGAGGCGCCAAUGCAAACGCAUCCACAUCUGCAGUUGACAAACCAGCAAGCAUUGCCCGCCUAUCUCAAAGGACCUGAAGUCUGUGUCGAUACGAGAACGUACGGCAACGAUGCCCGUUUCGUUCGUCGCUCGUGUCGACCGAAUGCCGAGUUGCAGCAUUAUUUCGAGAAGGGAACGUUGCAUCUCUAUAUUGUGGCACUGACGCACAUACGUGCUCAGACAGAGAUUACGGUGCGGCAUGAACCGCAUGAUUUAACCGCUGUGGAGCAUAAGAAAUCCCAUUCGGCGGUCAUUCAACCGACGAGCACACGCUGUGCCUGCGACCUGGGGAGCGAUUGUCUGUUCGCUCUGCCGCUGGCGGUGCAACAACAAUUGCAGGCACCACCCGCUCAACCCCGCAGCAGUCAUCGCAACAAAGCGGCGGCUGCCGCAGCGGCAGCAGCGGCUGCUGCCAAUAGCGCGGCAGCGAUUCAACUCACCAUGGGAUUAGGCAACAGUGUGGCAGCAGCUGCUGCUGUUGCUGCCGCGGCAACAGCACGUAAUCGUACCACAUCCUCAAGUGGCGAGAGCAGCAGCCAUAUGGGACUUAAUAGUCCACAGUUGAGCCAACUGAAUUUGGGCUUUAAACCCAGUCCGACAUUGGUGACAGCAACAGUUGGUACCGCAGCGGCAGCAGCUGCAUUGCUCUGCAACAGCAACAGUAAUGGUGGCAACAGCAGUAAUUCGUGUUCCGUUUCCAUGUCCAGUGUGUUGCAUGAUUCGGGAAUUUGUACAUCUUCAUCGUCGCCAUCAGUGUCCAUUCCAUCGCCAACGCCCACACAAUUGCAAUCGCCCACAUUGCAGCAUCAGCAACAGCAGCAGCAGCUACAACAGCAACAACAACAAACAUCAUUGCUGCAACGCAGUCCAACACAGCAGCAACAGCAAAUACUGGCAGCGCUGCCAACGCCAAUGUUGAUGUCGCCACAGAUGCUGCCGAAGCCUGCACAACAGCAACCAUCGCUGAUGCAGCAGCAGCAACAACAGCAGCAGCAGCAACAACAGCAGCAGCAGCAACAACAGCAGCAACAGGAGCCGCUGGCGGUCAUUGCAGCUGCAGCGGCAGCACAGCGUCCCAUGGCAACAUACUACUUGCAGCCACAACAGCAGCCACAUUUCCUGCAGCAGCAGCAACAACAGCAGCAGCAACAACAACAACAACAACAAUUGGCUGAUGAAGCACGCAUGGCGGUUAGUGCGCUGCAAACGCUACAUGCUACGCCCACAUCGCAUAUUGUAACGCCCAUUAAAAUUACAACGCAGCAACAAUUAAAGCAGCAACCAUUAAAGCAGCAACCAUUAAAGCAGCAACCACCACAAUUGCAGCUAGCGCAGCAUCAACAACCGCAACAACAACCGCAGCAACAACCGCAGCAACAACCGCAGCAACAACCGCAGCAACAACCGCAGCAACAACCGCAGCAACAACAAGCGCAACAACCGCUGCAGCCACUACAACAACAGCAGCAACUGCAGCAUCAACAGCAGCAUCAACAACCACAAACAACACUCUAUCAACCUGUGGUGUCGCCUUCAAAGACGCCAACAAAAAUUGUUGCACAAACGCUUGCCAACAACAUUAACAAUUGCAGCAACAACAACAAUAUCAACGUCAUCACAACGCCAGCAGCCCGUAAAACUCCUGCGAAAUCGGCAACAACACCAACAACAACAAUCAAUAGUCCCAAGUUGGAUGCAAAGGAAGAUGAGUCAACGGCAGCAGCAACCGCAACGACAGCAACAACAACAGCGAGUACGCCAGCAACAUCAACGCCUACUGCCAAAAAGGACAAACCAAAGUCACGCGAGGAGCGCAAACUGGAGGCGAUAUUGCGUGCCAUUGAUAAAAUGGAGAAGCAAGAGGCGCGGGGCAAGAAGGCGGGUGGUGCGGGCGGUGCACUCGCCGGCGCGGAAAGUCGACAGUUGGGCAGCAAGCAGCGUGCGAGCAAUUCACCUGCAUCGCCACGUAAACGCAAUUCUAACAGCAAUUCCAUCAGUGAAUCAAUUGAUGGAAGUAUCGUAGGUUUCGGCACGCCCACCACCAGCAAUAACAACAGUAUCAACAACAACAACUGCACAUCGAGACGCAACAAAAAGAAGCGGAAAGUUAGUCGCAGCUACAACAACAACAACAAUAGCAAACGACGUAAGAGUCUUAAUGAAUCGGAUAACGAGUCGCAUACCGAGUCCGAGCUCACAUCGCCAGCAGCACAUCAGCAACAUAGCAGCAGCAACAACAACAUGAUGCUGCAACAGCAACAACAAUCGGCUGAUCAGGCAGCUGGUUUGUUGCUGGCAUUGGCGCACAACAACUGCGACGCCUUUAAAUCACCAACAACCACAACAGCGAUGCCAGCAACAACAACAGGAGCAUCUUCAGUAAGCAGUGCGUGUCUGCUAAUUGAAGCAGCAAUGGGACCGCUGGAACAACAACCACAACAACAGCAAGUGGUAGUUCAACAAUUGCAAUCACCUUCAACGGGAGAGUUUAAAUAUCCACCCAGCGGUGCCAAGACCAAAAAGACGCUGAUGUCCAGUUGGUUUCAACAAUCUGAGCAAUGUGAACAGCAGCAACAGCAGCAACAAGAAACGUCAGGUUUAGACAGUCUAGUGCAGGCCGCAAUGAGUGAAAUAAAUGGUUCCCGAGAACAACUGCAACAGCAAUCAUUUCAGCAGCAACAGCAACAACAGCAAGAAACGCCAGCGCCAGCAUUGUUGAAAGUGGAACAAUUUAUACACCAAGUGGAGGCAACAGAGCGAUUGCAAUUGCCGUCGGUACAGAAUAAUUCAUCGGUGAAGAAGCGCUGGCUGCGCCAGGCCAUCAGCGAGGAGACCACGGAUGAAAGUCAACCACAGACUCCCACACCGAGCAUAUUAUCGCCCCAUCUGCAGCAACAACAUCCGCAUCAACAACAGCAGCAACAGACGCCACCGUUGCUACCGAAUGGUUUUAGUACGCCGCUAAAGAAACGACGUCUUGUGGUCAUCAGCAAUGGUGGACUUGAGGAAACUGCUGCGGAGGAACCACAUAUCGAUGUCAUUGGCAGCGCUGGCGAAGAAGAUCACAAAAUGGAACAAAUUGAGGCAAAGACAGAUCUAUUAAAGGUGGAGACACAACAGCUGCACUUUGAGCAGGAAGAUGAUGUAGACAUCUUGCGUUCCCCCAGUCCAGGUGCCCAACAAAUUGUGGCCGAGGAUAACCUGGUUAAAAUUGAGCCAGAGGACACCAGUGCCGCGGCGGAGGAUGUUAAAAUUGAUGUGGAACGUGAGGAGAGCCAGGCGUGUGAUAACUUUGAAGAGUUGCUCAAAGUAAAGCGAGAGCAAGAGCAACAACAGCAACAACAGCAAGAACAAGAGCAGCAACAACAACAUCAGCAACAAGAGCAACAGCAGCAGCAACAACAGCAACAGUUGCCCAUAGGAACAACCACAACGCCAACAAUAAAUGCUAUACCCAAAAUUAUAGCCAAGCCAGCCACGCCCAUUGUAACGCCCAUAUCAGCAGCACCAAUACCUGUGCUCAUCACACAGCCGACACCAACAAUGACAGCAAUACCUGCGGUAGCGGCAGCAGCAACAACACCGACAGCAACAUCGCCGGUAGCCGUGCCCAUUGCUGUUGCCGGUAACAACAGUUGCUCCUCUGCGAAGCAAUUGCCGUAUUAUAAUACGAUUUAUGGCAAAUUGCAGGAUCCACCAACAUUGCCUGCAAGUGCCGCUUUAGUUUCCUCGCCUAUAGCCAAGUUGCAGAACAACAGCAUGCCCAGCUUGGCAGAGUACUUGGAGGCCACUAAAUCGAAGGCAGCGAAAGCAGCUGUUGUUGCUAAUGUCCCCGCCGUGGCCCCAUCUGUGACGGUGAUUGCCACGCCUCCAUCUGCAAUUGCACCUGCUGCUGCUGCUGUGGCAGCAAUCGAUAGUAUGCCGCCACCAGCAACAACGCCACUUAAGUUGUAUACACGCACCGCCAGCCAUGAUCCACGACUAAAUCCCAUGCUCACAGUGCCAGAGCCGGCGCCAAUGCCCAAGCGGAAGUUGUCCAUUAGCGAGUAUCGGAUGCGUCAUCGUCCGUCGGUGGAUACGGCGCCAUCAACACCAACAACACCAACCACACCAACGACACCCACAACGGAAGGGGGUUUCGCCAAGCCGCAGACCAUCAACAAGUGUUCGUUGCAGUCGCCGGAGCGGUUUCAGGCAGCGAUGAGGGAACGACGCAAUUCUAUCAGUAUCCAUCAGAACAACAACAGCAGUAACAGUAAUAAUAAAAGCAACAGCAAUCAUCAUUAUCAGCAACAGUUGCCGUCACAUCAGCAGCAGCAGCAUCAUUCGCCACAUACACAUCAUUUGUCGCAGUCGUCGGCCCUUAAAAGUAAAACAUUAAACAACUCCACAACGAACUCAGCGGCUGCCACAUUGAGCACCGUCAACAACAUCCUGAACACAGCCCACAGGCUCCACAUGUUGGACGACAAGCCCAAGGGUGGACACUUUAAUGCGGCGCCGACGUUACUGGAACAGCAGCAGGAGAAGAUGAGCGAAAGAUCACGCUGCCUGCAACGUACAAUAUCCUGUGAUUCGCGUGUCAUUGAACGGUUGGGCGCAGGCGCAUCAGCUGCUGGGGGCGUCAGUUUACCAGAGAAAGCCACGGCGGCGGGCUCCAGGCGAGAUGGUGCGUAAGCUGCAUUUGGAAAAUCACAGAUAAACAAUAACAAGGAUAAUUCAAAUAUGAAACCCAGUUAAAUGAACAGACAACAAAUCGACCUAGCGAAUCAAACAAAAACUAAAAACGAAAAAAGAUAACUUUUACUAUAGACAUUGAAAAUGAUUUAAGCGCUUUCCUUAUUUACAAAUGUAGAGCAAGAAAAAAAAUACAUACUCGGAAAAUCGUGUAAGAACCGAUAAUUAACGUCAGUCAGAAAAUGGAA